AUGGCUCUAGGUUGCCUAAUGUAUAUAAUGGUUAGUACUAGACCAGAUAUUGCACAUGCACUAAGUGUUCUUAGUAGGUUCAUGUCAAAUCCCAGAUUAGAACAUUGGCAUGCUCUCAAAUGUCUUCUACGGUACUUAAAGGGAACUCAGAAUUAUGGUUUGGUGUACAAAAGAGUUGAAAAGGAACUUGAACUAACAGGUUAUAUGGAUGCUGAUUAUGCUUCAAACGAGGACACUAAAAGAUCCACUGCUGCUUACAUCUUCAUGAAAAAUGGGAACUAUGUGUGUUGGAAAGCACAGUUGCAAUCCAUUGUGGUUUUAUCUAGCAUAGAAGCAAAAUUCAUGGCUAGAACUGAGGCAUUUAACGAAGCUAUUUGGUUGAAAGGAAUUUUAUAA